CCUCAAACGCAUGCGACAUGAUUCGGACGAGUCGGAGGCGUCUACAUCCGCUGUGGACGAGGACAGUGGCGUAUCGAGUGGAGGUGAAGAAGAGGGUGAGGACAGCGAUGCAGAAGAACGCUCUGUGCAUGGUUUCGGGAUAGAUGAAGAUGACUCUUCAAACUCUUUGUCAAGGUUCUCCAAGCCGGCGCGACCAACACUGUCUGCACCCUCUCAGAACGCAGCGCACCUCCCAACAUCGUUCGCCUCCCUCGGAGUCUCUUCCGCAUUGCAACAUGCACUCGCGCAGAUGUCCAUCCGCACGCCGACGGAGAUCCAAGCCGCCUGCAUAGCUCCUCUCUUAGAAGGUAGGGACUGCAUAGGAAACGCCAAGACCGGCUCGGGGAAAACAAUAGCAUUCGCGUUGCCCAUCCUGCAAAAGCUCUCACUGGACCCGUACGGUAUCUAUGCCCUCGUCCUGACCCCCACCCGUGAGCUCGCGUUCCAGAUUUCCGAGCAGUUCGCCGUAUUGGGGGCUUCGCUGAAUUUGAGAACGGCGGUCGUGGUGGGCGGGAUGGACACGAUCGCACAGGCGCUGGAGCUGAAGAACCACCCGCACGUCGUCGUCGCGACCCCCGGGCGGAUCGUCGACCUGCUCGAGUCGAAUAGCGGGGAGUGGAAUUUAUCCCGCAUCAAGUUCCUCGUUCUCGACGAAGCGGAUCGCCUCCUAACGCCCACGUUCGCGCCGGAGCUGUCGUACCUGUUCAAAGUCCUCCCGUCGGAACGGCAGACGUGUCUGUUCACCGCUACGUGGACGGCUGCUGUGGAGAAGCUCGCGGAAGCGCCCCCGAGGCCGGGCAAGCGCAAGCCGUUUGUCCACCGCAUUACUGCGCCGGUCGAGACUGUGGAGACAUUAAAGCAGUUCUACAUCCUCGUCCCCUCGCACGUCCGCGAGUCCUACCUCUACGACCUCCUCUGCCAUCCCCCAGAGUCGAUCGCGCACAUGCGCCGCGCCGCGCCGGACCCCACGCCCGCCGCAAAAAAGGGCAAACGCAAAAAGGCCGCGAAAGACGACGAGCCCGACACGCCGCAACAGCCCCCGCCGACGAUCAUCUUCUGCAACAAGCCGCGCACCGCGGCGUACCUCACCUCCCUGCUGCGCACGCUCGGGCUGCGCGCGACCGCGCUGCACUCGCGGCUGACGCAGCGCGAGCGGCUGAACUCCCUGGGCUUGUUCCGCGCGUACGUCGUGCCGGUGCUGGUGAGCACGGACGUGGGCGCGCGCGGGCUCGAUAUUGCGGACGUGGCGAUGGUGGUGAACUGGGAUAUGCCGGUGGAGAGCGAGGAGUACACGCACCGCGUGGGGCGGACGGCGCGUGCGGGCCGCGGGGGGUUGGCGGUGAGUUUCGUGACGGAGCGGGACGAGGAGCGGGUGUUGAAGGUGGAGGAGCGGAUUAAGACGAAGCUGGAGGAGAUUGUGUUGCCGGAGAGUCGGGUGUUGGAGAAGCUGAACGCUGUUUCUACGGCGAAGCGGAUGGCGAAUAUGGAACUGCACGACACGAAUUUUGGCCGGAGGGAGCAAAUACACAAGAUGAAGCGAACCAACUAGGCUGUGUACGUAGAGCAUCGCAUGGACGGAUACGAAAGGUCAAUAGAAUACCAGACGGAUUAGUACAC